CGCCGCCGCCGGCCGCGCCCGCGCCCGCGCUCCCUCCUGCGCGCCCCUCUUCGCCAUGGCGCACCUCCAGCCGGCGUCGCCCGGCGCCGCCGGCCUCGCGCCGCCGCUGACGCUCAUGACGCUGCCGCCCGAGCUGCUCGAGCUCAUUGCGCUGCACUGCGCCUGCGUCACGCCGCCGCCCAAGAGCGAGCCGGCGGCGGCCGUGGGCGACGCUGCGCCGGCGAGCGAGGCGCCAGGCGAGGGCGAGGCUGCGGCGCCAGCUACUGCCCGCGCCGAGUCGCCCUCUUCCUCCUCCUCCGUGGCGUCGGGCGAGGCGUCCGCCGCAGCGUCGGGCAGCAGCAGCUCAUACCGCUCCGAGGCUGCUCCUCCGCUGCCGCGCGCAGCCGACUACUCGGCCGCACCGCCCGCCGAAGCGACGCCGCCAUCAGCCGUGCGGGCGCUGCUCAUGACGUGCCGGCGCGCCCAUGCGCUGCUCAACACCGAGGCGAACCCGCGGCUGUACGCACGCAUCUUCCGCACCAAGUUCGACGUCGCCGCCAUUGCACGCCGCUUUGGCCCACAGGCCGUGAGCUCCCGCAGUCUCUGCCUGGAGCUGCAGCGGCGCUGCAAGGCGCUCAAGCGCAUUCGCGGCACCGUCGAUGCGGGACGCUUGCGCAAUGACAGCCAGGCUGUGCUGGAGGAGAAUCUGUGGCUGGCGUACCUCAUGCUGCUCGAGAACGACGGCCUCAACCUGCAGCAGCUCAAGUGGGCACACAUCGACGGCUACCUGCAGCUGCAUCACACGCAGGAGAUGCUGCAGUCGGCCAUCCAGGCCGGCUAUCCGCCCGAGACGCCCGACCGCGCGCUGGCGCUGCACCUCUCCUACCUCCUCACUGACCCCGCCGAGCUCGCCACGGAGCCGCGCGACGUCAGCGACGAGAAGCUCUUUGUGCUGCGGCCCUUCGUAUUUGCGGCGCACAAGUUUGAUGCAUACUUCGGCCCGUGGGUCGUGCGCCAGCUGCCGCUACGCAGCGACGAGGAGAGCGAGCCGGGACCGCGCGCUGCGCCGAACAACCCGUUCCUCGCCGACCUGCGGCCACGAGCCCGUGCGACGACGAUCACGCACUGCGGGCAGCAGCUAGCCGUGGCGCCGCCGAUUCUGUCGCACGCUGCGUGCUUCUCCUUCUUUGCCAAGGUCGAGCGCGAUCCCGCCGUCAUUGGCCUCACGGCGCUACAAGAAGGCGAGCCCGGCCCGGCGCGCGACGACGUGGGGCGCGCCAACAGCAACCCGCUGCUGCUGCGCUCGGAGGAUCACGACAAGGACCUGACGCGGCUCUUCGCCUGCGCCGACCCGCGCCGCUCGCUCGGCCUCAAGCCGCUCUUCCACGCUGGCGACUUUGAGGGCGCGUGGGAGGGCCGCUUCUGCUUCUUCGACUUUGACUCAUACCGCGAAAUGCUGGCGGGCCGCAUGCGCUCGCUGUACGAGGGCCCAUUCGGCGAGCAGCCGCAGGUGUGGAAGGUGCGUGAGCACAUCGUGCGCGUCGGCAACGGCGGCAGCAUGCAGGAGGGCGGCACGGGCAGCAUUCUCAACGCCGGCUACGUCAAUGGCGCAGAAGAGCCGGACCAGCUCGGCGACGGCGCCUACGUCUCGCCCGAGAAGGUCGCCGCUGCGCGCGACGAAGCGGCGUCGGGCAGCAACGUCGAGGGUCUGCGCGACGACAAGGGCAAGAAGAGCCUCAACGCCGCGGUCUACGAGGGCUGGGCCAAGGACGGCCGGCCACGCGACUGGCAUCUGUAUCCGUCGUUUGGCGACGACGAGGAGAAGGAGGCGUCGGACGAUCCGGAGCGCUACGAGAUUCUGCUCAGCGGCACGGGCCACUCGGCGUGGGGCCGCUUCGUGCUGCGCGGCAGGGUGCGCAGCUGGGACGGCAUGAUGAUCAUGACGAAGGAGUACCGUCCCGACGGCCGCGGCCGCUGGCUCUACCGCGGCUACGCCGUCGCUGGCGGCCGGCUCGUCGGGCGCUGGCGCGACACAUUCACGCCCGACGACAUGAGCGGGUACGAGGGGUGCUUCUUGCUGUCCCGGAGAGACGCAUCGUGACCGCUCGCUCUCUUCAUCCGCCUCCAUACACGACUCCAUAGCAUUAUUCCCACUCGCAUUCUCAUCUCAUUUGGCCGUGCAAAGCACAGAGCCGCCGAUCUGCAGCACGGCGUGACCCGAAUGAGGGAGACGUGUGCAUCUGCUGCGCCAACGACAUGCCGAGCCUGGCCAGGGGCACGGGCGCCUGAACGUCUCUGUCGUCUGCGCAGCUGGAGACACAUUGAGCGUGCUGUAACGUAAAGUGC